CCGCCAUGGCGAUACCAUCUCGGCUUGUCGAUGAUGUUGGCGGCUAUACACAAGGAGAUAUGGUACCAUGGCACUUCAUACCAAGCAUCAUCGUAGCUUCGUUUUUCGCCAGUUUCAGUGGUACACUGUUGACCAUUGAACUACUGCAACGAAAGCGUUUGGGCAAGGUACACCUUUUUGCUUGUUCGGUAAGUAUGGGCCUCAUUGGUAUAUGGUGCAUGCACUUUAUUGGCAAUCGAUCCAUUGCUCUGGCAAACGGCCAGAGUCGGCUACAGCUCGUCUAUAAUCCUGCAUACACCGGACUAUCAUGUGUUCUACCUGUCAUUGGCCUGGCCAUAGCUUUUCAGAUUGCGGAAGUCAGCAUCAGCUCCUUUAUCCUGCGCAGACUGCUUGACGUUGCCUGCGGACUCAUGGCCGGACUUUCAAUCGUCUCCAUGCACUAUGUUGGCAACCUUGGAGUGUCAAACUAUACGCUGAUAUAUCCAAGACGGUAUAUUGUUGCUGCCUGUAUCAUCGCUGUUGGCGACUCGACAAUCGCCCUUGCGUUGUUCUUCUACUUCAAAGAACGAUGGAUCAGUGUCUGUUGGAAACGCUGUCUUUGCGCGCUUCUACUUGCAGUUGGAGUAUGCGGUAUGCACUUUACCGCAUCUGUCGGCUGCCAGUAUCAGCUCAAGCGUGUUCCAUCCGAAGCGGCGCCUGACGCAAGAAAUACACCCGUGAUUGUGGCCGCUACCAUGCAUAUGAUGCUUGCAUGGUACCACCAGAUUUUCAGCUUGUUGUAUUUCUUUGUCACUGACCAACUCCNNAGCGCCUACUUCGACGAGCAUGGCAAUAUCAUGGUUACGAAUGAGGGGACUUUGCCUUCGCAGAGGAUUGCGAAACGUUUUGUGCUUCAAAAAUUUGACGACCACUUUGGCAUACACCAUCCCGUCUGGUUCUGGAUUUGGAAAGUGAGUUGCGAUUGGAAAAGUGUCGUUGAUCUGAUUCCCAAGAUGCGCGCGCACCUUCAAAAGACGAACGUCUACAGUGGUUACAACACAGCGGCAUCAAGCAGGAGUAGUAUUUACGAUGAGGAGAGCUAUCACGACUCGACCGUUUUAUUUCGAGAAGGAUACUGUGUAGCCGCAUCGGACCUCGCUGCGCAACUUCAAGUGCCUCUUGUGGACGGGCUAGGUCCUCUUUACGAUCAAGUCUUGGGUACAGGUCUUCUGACGGCGUACCAACACGGCAUCAAGGCCCUUGAUAACGGCGGUGCUCAACAACUAACGAUUUUUGAAAAAGGCCAGCUCUUGUUUUACACUCGCAGGUUGUCCCCUCCUGAAUUGGACCACUACACUGCAGCUGGAUUCAGAUUCGCUCCGUUGAAUCGUGUGGAAGGUGCAAUCGCGAACACGAUGCAGAUCCCGAUUGGUCUUCUCGCAAUACAAAUGCAGCGCAUUCAAGACUUUGCCUACAGAACGAGUUUGCCUUACCCUCCGAAACAAGGCACUUUCUUUGUCUGUCUCGCCGCUCUGGCUCGAGUUCGCGAUAGCUUCCGAGUGCUUGUACCGAUAGAUAGGCAAGACGAAUUGCCAGAUGUUCAGGUCUCUCCGUACAAUAUGAACUCGCAGCAGUUGGAUUGGCUCAAACGUUACAACGACUGGACGGCAGAGAAGCUCAUUUGGCAUAUCAAGCUGAAAGAGCAGAAUUGGAACACAUUGGACGACGAUGAAGAAAAGGCAUUCUUGAUCAUGCUCCGAACUGCGCUGGCCUCACUGGCCACCAAGAUUGGGGAACGUUGGCUCAUGGAUCUCGUCUUUUGCGCAGAACCAAUAACGAUACGCUAUGGCGCAAACAAGGCACAGAGAGAUGGUAUGACGAUGGUGUUUGGCUUCACUAGAUUGGUGGACAUUCACCAGCCGGCUCGCAAACUCCCUGCCGGCCUUACACUCGCUAGUUGGGAUCUUGUGAGGAUGCGACAACACUACUAUCCUGGAUGCAACGAUCAAGGCCGCAUCCGGAGAGAAGUUCAUACAGAGUUUGGAGCCCUACUUACAAAGCAUGAAGAAGUCGUCCGCUCGGAAGGGCAGCGAGUCAGAUCUCACAAGUUUGGUCGAACACGUUCGGCCUGCUCAGACGACAGCGGUGUACUUGAGCAAGACUCUUGGUUCGAAGGCAGGCAUGUGGAAGUAAGAAGAGGUUCGAUCGACUCGAUUAUUGGACACCCUCAGCCGUGGGGCGGUAUCCUCGCGACAACAGACACGGUCAUCGAGGGUGUGUCCAAGACAGGGAUCGAGUUGCGUAAUUUGACUCCUCAGGUAACGGCAGGAGCAUCGGCAAUGGUGGUCACCAAGGAACCCAAGACUUUUGUGGAUUGCCUCUAUGAACAGGCAAAGAGUCGUGCGUGUCAUGCUGUUUCUUCU